AUGCAAAGACCAAUUAUACUCGCUUAUUUGGUCCUCUCGCUACUGUUCAACUCAGCUUUGGGUUAUCCAACUGGACUCGUUCCAAGAGGAUCCUCAGAGGGAACUAAUUGUAACUCUAUCGUUAAUGGCUGUCCCAGUUUAGAUUUCAACUGGCACAUGAACCAACAAAAUAUUAUGCAAUAUACUUUGGAUGUGACUUCUGUUUCUUGGGUUCAAGACAACACCUAUCAAAUCCAAAUUCAUGUCAAGGGUAAAGAAAACAUUGAUCUAAAAUACUUAUGGUCAUUGAAGGUCAUUGGUAUUACUGGUCCACAAGGUACUGUUCAAUUAUACGGUGUCAAUGAAAAGACUUACAUAAUUGACAACCCAACUGAUUUCACAGCUACCUUCGAGGUUUACGCUACUCAAGGUGUUAACAGCUGUGAAGUCUGGAUGCCUAAUUUCCAAAUUCAGUUCGAUUAUUUGCAAGGUAAUGCAGCUCAGUAUGCAAGCACUUGGAAAUGGGGUACUACCUCUUUCGAUUUGUCCACUGGUUGUAACAAUUAUGAUAAUCAAGGUCAUUCGCAAACAGACUUCCCAGGUUUCUACUGGAACAUAGACUGUGACAACAACUGUGGUGGUUCAAAGCCAUCUACUACUAAAUGUACCAAAAACCAUACCCCAGAAUCUAGUACAUCUUCACCAAGCACUACAUCAACCACUACUUCCAGUACCGAAUCUUCAUCUACUCCAGCUGCAACUCCAUCUACCGAAACCUCUACAUCCACUACUUCUUCAACUUCAACUACAUGCACAGAUAAAAAGCCUACAACUAAAAAUCAUAAUACCACUCCAUGUACCAAACAUAAAAAAUCCACUACAUCACCUACUACACCAUGUACUACAACAACUACAUCAACCUCCAGUGUCGAAACUUCAUCUACACCAGCUCCAACUCCAUCAACCUCCAGUGUCGAAACCUCUUCUACACCAUGUACUACACCAACCACCGCUUCUUCCAGUGUUGAAACUCCAUAUACCCCAGUUCCACUUUCUCCAUCCAGCUCUAGUGUCGAAACUUCCUCUACUCCAGCAUCCAGCUCUAGUGUCGAAACUUCCUCUACUCCAGCAUCCAGCUC